UAUUACAUUGCGGGCUGUCGGCCGCCCGGCGCCCCUGUUGCUAUGGCGCCCUGUGCGGCCGCACAGCCCGCACACCCCAAAGGCCGGCCCUGAGUGCGCGGACCACCAUCUGUCCACCUCCAACCGUCCAGUGCGCGGACCACCAUCUGUCCACCUCCAACCGUCCAGUGCGCGGACCACCAUCUGUCCACCUCCAACCGUCCAGUGCGCGGACCACCAUCUGUCCACCUCCAACCGUCCAGUGCGCGGACCACCAUCCAUCCAGUGCGCAGACCACCAUCACUCUAGAUGCCUCAACAUCCAGAGCGGGACCCUCUGUAGUCAGACACAGACCUUCCCCGCCACUCCAUUAUGGUCGGACACAGCCCCUCAGCAGCCGUUCCCGACACUUCAUUACGGUUCACACUUCACACCUGGCCGCCACACGCCUUUCCCGCUCAAAUUGUAGGCGGGCGGACUCCAUUUAUAGGUCACUCGCUGGGCUAUGACGUCGAGAAGUGGGCGGUUCCUAUCUGUCACAGGAGUUGUGACGUCACGUUGUCAUGGAGACAGUAUUACGCCGGGAAGACGGUGAGGUAGGUGAGGAGGAGGCUCCGCUGUUGGUUGACGCGCACUCGAGGACUCGCAGUUACCGGGAGCCGAUCCAGCCCGAACCGCUAGCACUGGCCGGAAAACAACCCCGGAGUCCCGCACAUCUCUCCCGAGAGGCGGAGGAGCCGGCUGCCGCUGUGGGGAGGUGUGCGGGGCAGACAACAGGUGUCUCCUGUCUGUAUGUGACAUGACAACAAUCCGAGUGUCACAUGAGUCAUCCGACUAAUCUCCCGGCCGAGCAGCAGAGACGUCUUCGAUAGUCCAAGUAUCAUUGACCGUCCGCCAUGACUGAAGAGUUGGACUGUAGAUUCAGCAAUCUGACCCAGGAUCAAAUCACCAUCCUCAAUCAGGUUCUGACUGAGGUCGUCCCCAUCCACGGCAGAGGGAACUUCCCAACCAUGGAGGUGAAACCCAAGGAUAUCAUCUGUGUGGUGAAGGAGCAGCUAAUAAAGAAGAAAAUCGCAAUACGAGACAUUCGCCUCAACGGCUCCACAGCCAGUCACAUCCUCAUGCGCCAGAACGGGACCAGCUGCAAGGACUUGGACAUCAUUUUUGGGGUGGAGCUUCCAGAUGAUCAGGCCUUCCAGACUGUAAAGGAGAUUGUCUUAGAUUCUCUCUUAGACUUUCUUCCCAAAUGCGUCAACAAGGAGAAGAUCACUGCCCUCACCAUGAAUGAGGCGUACGUCCAGAAGAUGGUGAAGGUGUCCACUGACCACGACCGCUGGAGCUUAAUUUCACUAUCCAACAACAGCGGGAAGAACGUAGAGCUGAAGUUUGUUAACUCUCUCCGCAGGCAGUUUGAGUUCAGUGUGGACUCCUUCCAGAUCACCCUGGACUCCAUCCUCCACAUUUACACCGAUGAGGACUGUGAACUGACCCCAGAUACCUACCCCACUGUGGUGGCCGAGAGCAUGUACGGAGAUUUCCAUGAAGCAAUGGAACAUCUCCGGUGCAAACGUAUCGCCACAAGAAACCCCGAAGAGAUCCGAGGGGGUGGCCUUCUAAAGUACAGCAACCUCUUGGUUCGGGAUUACAAGCCAACCAGUGAGACUGAAAUCAAGUCCCUGGAGCGCUACAUGUGUUCACGGUUCUUCAUAGACUUUCCUGAUGUGACCGAACAGCAGAGGAAAAUAGAGUCCUAUCUGCGCAACCACUUCAUCGGAGAAGAGAAGAGCAAGUACGACUACCUGAUGACCCUGCGCACGGUGGUCAAUGAGAGCACAGUGUGUCUGAUGGGUCACGAGCGCAGGCAGACUCUUAAUAUGAUCACCAUCUUGGCUCUGAAAGUGCUUGGAGAACAGAACAUCAUCCCGAACACGGCAAACGUGACCUGUUAUUACCAGCCCGCCCCCUACAUGAGCGACAGGAACUUCAACAACUAUUACAUACCUCAGGGCCAGUCGGCCAUCUUCUACCCCCCCUACCAGUUUCACAUACACCUGCAGAGCGGGCUGGUGUAGGAAUAAAGAUUUCCCCGAGCGCACGUCGUCACUUCAUGGAAAACCUCAUGCAAGCUACAUCUAUAGAAUUAUUCUACAUAAAUGGCAGAGACACGCUGUACAUACAUGGCUUAUCUAGUACUGAGCAUACUCCAGAGCUGAACUCACUCUUCUACCGCUUGUUAUCGGAGACUGGCAGCAGGCACCAUACAAGCUUAGUUCAGCUUGUAUAAUGCAGGGGACAUCUGCCCAUAUAGAGACUGCCCAUACUUCAGAGCUGCAUUCCCCAUUCUGCACAUUUUGAGAUAAGUGAUGUAUGUGCACAG